UCCAUCCGGGUAGGACAGGGCAACGAGUUCGCCUGAAGGAACCGCAUUUCUGUGUUAGCUCAAGAUCAGUUCCUGCUCCGGAGCCGAGGAAGAGCUGACUAGUCUUCCAAAGACCUUCAAAGCAGCCCUUGCUCUCCUGUGUCCUGAGCAGGGGAGGGUGGCUGCCUGGGAUUUGUAUGGGCUGUGUUCCUGCUUCCUGUUAGCCUGGAUCUCCUUAGCGUUUCACACCCUUCCUUAUAACCUGCUUUACUGCGGGGCUUGGCGUUUGCCUGUUUUUGCUUUCUACCGUUUACUUUUGUUAUUUGGGUGCAUUUUAAAGGAAACUGCUUCUACAGCCACGUCGACACUGGAGUUCAAUUUGAAUUCUAGUUUCCUGAAAUUUUUUUCCUGUCUCAUGUCUUUUUCAUGACUGUUUGAAUUGUCACAAAUUUGAAAGCUUUUUAAUUCUCAAGAGCACCAAUUCAUACAUAAGAAGUCAUUUUCUUAAUGAACCAUACGGACUUCCACAGUAGAAACAUUCGCAUUCUACAGCAGUCUGGCACCGGCCCUGAUCUCGCAGCUUAUCUUUUUGUCCAGCUGAGCGGUUCCUGCGGCUACCUCGCCAUGCCCACUUCAUUUUCAUAAAGUAAACUUAACACAGCCGGCAAUUCUUUGAAAUGAAGAUUUUAAUUACACACAUCCUCUCAGUUAGGCGGCCCUCUGGUUAUCUUUAUUAACAGACACUAAAUAACUUUGCAUCGUUUAAAUGCUCUCCAGUGUGUAUCAACUGAUAGAGGCCCGGGGAAGGUGGACCUGAGAGAUACCGGCAAGUAGGCAGGGCCAGGGAAUAACGUUUAGCCUUCCUGGCUGAGCUAAAUGACACUCCCAAUAUGCAGACUGUAACUGGUGAGGCAUCAACAUCAGACUCUCUUCAUGUGUCAACUGCUCCCCUGAUACCUUCAACUGAACACUACCAAAGAGAGCAUCUAGUGUCGUUGCCAGCAACGGGUACUUCUGUCAAACCAUUUGACAUGUCCCCCAGUGACCCAUCUGUCACUCCUGAGAUCCCUGUCCUCACAGCACAGAAUGGCACAGGACUGGAAAGAUAUAACCAUCCUUUUUCCGAGCCAGUGACAAUAGCCAUUGUUUUGGGGGUGAUCGCUGGCAUCGUUGGAACUAUCCUUCUCUUUUAUUACUUAAUCAGCCUAGUAACCAAGAAAAGUUCAGUUGACAUACACCCUCCCAAGAGUGAAGACACAGAUGUGCAUCUAAGUUCUAUUGAACAGAGCGUUGUUCAAGAAGAGCCUGCUGAUGUUUGAAAAACCUCAAAGAAAACACAAGAUUUCAGUCAAUGGAAAAAGUAAUACAAGAAUCAGACAUCUCAGUAAAUUAUGUACCAUCCUGAGCUGUACUGUUAUAAGAGAAAAUGUCACCAUUUUGAAGCUUCACGAUGGGGGGCGGCGGGGGAGGGACACCUCUUUUCAUUAGUAACUGAAGAUGACAUGACAAACAAGUUUCCUUUACACUUGAUUUCGUGUUGGUAAAAAUUUUUGUAACUACUUCACUAGAAAUUUUGCUCCAAAAUUUCAAUUGAGUUUAUAUGCUGUCCAUUAAGACUGACUUAUUUGACUGUGUUAUAUUUUGUUCAUAAUGUUAUCAUUGAAAGGCUUAUAGUAUCUCUGUGAAAUCCAAGUUCCUUUAUCAUUCUAACUGCUGAAUUCAGCUUCAUUGUUUUAAAUAAACUAAAAGGCCAGCAAGUC